AUGUUGGGACGGAUUGUGCUGCUUGUGCUCUUCCUGCUCCUCAGGGGUCAUCAAAUCGAAGGGUGCUCCGAUUCUUAUGAAGAUCUGGAUGGUGUCUCAGGGAAGGAUCUCUGCCUACGGCCUACUGACAUUCAGACGAAAAACGUUUCUGCUCGAUGGAAGAAGAAACAACUGGAUUCAAAUGAAAUAACUGAGAUUGUAGACUUGUCUCCUCCUCAGACGAAAAGCAUCAAAAUACCUUCUAUCUAUGAUUUUGAGGAUAGGGAUUUUGCUCUUGUUAUCAAAUCAGCUAAGCCAGAAAACAGUGGUCUGUACUGGCUGGAGAUCACCGACAGCAGUGGGACAACUUGCUGUAAGAACUUCCAGAUUAGUAUAUUUGAUCAUGUCGAGAAGCCUUACCUGAAGGGCGAGUGGACGACCUGGGCUAGUGGGACGUGUCAACUGUCUUUGUACUGCCUGGUGCCCAAGGAUGACAAUGUGAACUAUACUUUGUACAGAGGGAGCACACUGAUCUCGAGACAGAGGAAUGGUACCCAUCUGGAGAGUCAGGCUGAUGCCAGCGGCCUGCAAACAUACACCUGCAAUGUUAGCAACAAAGUCAGCUGGGCAAUCGUCACCCUGAACAUCACCCAGGGCUGUCAGAGUGUCGAUCCGAAAUUCAUAUUUCUGCCCUUUGUGGUGAUCAUCGUUAUUCUGGCCGCACUAUUUCUCGGUGCCAUCAUUUGCUUCUGCGUAUGGGAUAAGAAGAGAAAACAGUCACAGUUCGUCCCUAAGGAAGAUUUGACAAUAUAUGAAUAUAUCAAGGAUCCACAAGUCAUGAGGGAUCAACUAGGACAUUCUAGGGCCUCAGGAUCUUCGGCAGCUGUCCAGGAAGAUGAAACAGGACAAAGAGAAGGGGACGGGUGUCUUUUCCAGGAGCAGAUGCUGGAGCAGAAAUCUCCUGGAAAUGGAGGCACCAUCUACUCUAUGAUCCAGUACAAGCCUCAUGAUUCCACAUCACAAGAAAAAGUUUCAAUAUAUUCAGAAAUCCAGCCUUCCAGGAAGUCUGGAUCCAAGAAGAGGAACCAGAACCCUUCCUCAAAUUAUACUGUAUAUGAAGAGGUUGGAAAGCAAAGCCUCAAAGCCCACAACCCCACCAGACUGAGCCGCAGAGAACUAGAGAACUUUGAUGUUUAUUUCUAGGUGUUGGAAGUGUUUUCAUCCUGUGUUACGCAUCAGCAUUGACUUUGGAAGGGAACACAGCAUGUGAUGAUGAUUCUGUAUGAGUCUAUGGAACAGCUUCUAGGCUAAGAGGAUGUAGAAGUUUAUUCACGGUUUAUAUUUUAUAUUAUAUUUUAUGUUUCAUUUUAGACAAGUUCUGGCAUAGUCCAGCAUGACCUGAAUUUGCUAAGUAGCCUUAAACUUUUGAUCCUCCUGUCUAUACUUCCCAAGUGUUUUAAAUAACAGGCAUGUACCACCAUGCAUGGCUUAAAGACAAUGUUUAACAGCCUCUGUAAGAUCAAGAGUGUUAAGCAAAACUCCCAAACUUACAGGCCAUAGGGUAGAGAGGUUGUCUUGGCCACAUUCUGAGACACUGUAAUCUACACAGCACUGUAUAAGUGUGGGAUAGCGGGAAAUUCCCUUCUUGUGGUUCUCUAAGAUGUUACAUCCCAACAUGGGAUGUCUGCAUUCUAGGUAGGCCCUUCCCUUCCCCACCUUCCAAAGCAAGAACAACAAGAGAUGACUGUGGCUCAGAGAGAAAGGAGCUAUGGUUCCUCCUUGAGGCUGUGCUCUCUGGCUGUGAGCUAGCUGUCAGUUCUCCCACAGAGGCUAGAGUCCUGGCUUCUCUCAAAUUCGGGGAAUCUCUUUGCUUCUGGCCAGUUGUUCACAAGGGAUAGUGGGAAGAAAGUGAGAGUACAUGGUGCAAUUUGAGCGGGUCUCUGUACGAAAGAAUCAUCCAGAGUGUGUGCCGUCCUGAUAAUCAGUGGUUAAGAUCAGUGCGGCCUACAGUGUGAUGGUUGGCUUACAAAGUCCUAGCACUAGAAAUCUGUUUUGUCACUGUCUUCUUUGUCUUAAUCUUCUUCAGUACGAUUUUCCACUGUGUAGCUCAGAAUGGCCUGGAACUCACUGUGCAGACCAGAAUGGCCUCAAGCUUACAGAGAGCCACCUGCUUGUGUCACUGUCAAUACCGUGGGCCACCACACCCAGCCUGUUUUGCCUUCUUUGCAGAAGUCUCUCAAGAACCAUAGGUAGCCAAGUUCAGAGUCCCGUGAAGUGCUCCCCACGAUAUGCCCUGAAGGGAAGGCUCAAAUAGUUGAUUGCUGUAGAUGAGGCAGUUGGGGACCACAUACCAUGCUGUCUCUCUUCUGGCUAGCUCCUUCAGCAGUGCAGGAAGAGCAGGCCCAACUCUGGAUGAGCUGAGAAGAGCAACGAGUAUGAACUGAGAGAGCACUUACUCCAACACCCUGGCAGGUGGCACUGCUCAGAGUCUACAGCUUUUGUUUUGUUUUGUUUUGAUUUGAGGCAGGGCCCCACUAUACAGCCCUGGCUGUCCUGGACCUCACUGUGUGAACCAUGCCGGCCUUAAACUCACAGAGAUCCUCCCUCCUCUGCUGGACUCAAAGGCACACGCCACUCAUCAUGGGAAUUUGACAUGAAAAUGUGCUCUCACACAGAGGCAGUGUUAAUCCUUUGCCUGAAUUAAAGCGGUGAACUUCUUUA